AUGAUUCCGAACGUUGUUCUGGAACCUGCAAUGAUGAGACACCUCCGGCUGAUGAAGGUCAGGAUGGAAGGGAACGUGGCUCAGGACAUACACAUGAGGUACAUCCAAGCUGUCCAGGCCUUUGACAACUCCGAGGUCUCAGUGACAGACGAGGCAACAGCGAAGAGAGAGCUCGGUGUGAUUACAGAGAUAUACCACGUUCGACUGCUGCUACUCUAUACAGACACUGCGUACGUAAAGAUUACGAUGGAGUACAAGGAGUCUUUUGCAAACCAGGAGACGCCACAGAGCUCAGUGCGGGACUACUGGGAUAGUCUUUUGUUCAAAAUGGUCAAGAAUAAUAGAGGCUUGUGGACCGAUAGCAGAGACAUUGGGCAGUACGAUGUCUGGCCCCUGCUGCUAAUCAACUGCAACCUGCCGCCGUCUGAGAGGGUCCUGAAAAAAAACCUAAUUCUGUGCGGCAUAAUACCAGGGCCUGGCAAUCCCAAGGACCUGGGGUCCUUCUUGAAGCCAAUGAUUGAUGAAUUCCUCACACUGCAGGUGGGGGUAAAGGCUUGGGACGGGCUGCGAAAGGAGAGAUUUAUACUGCGCGCUAACAUAGCCCUAGUGGCAGGAGAUACGGUUGCAAUGGCCAAAUUGAUGAAAUGGACUGGUCCUAAUAGCUUUCGGUACUGUCGCUUCUGUGCCAUCUAUGGUAUCAGCGAGGGACACAUAUAUUGUCCUCUGGAACCCCCACGUGACCGUAAGGACGCUCUGGGGGGGGAGGCUAGGCGCAAGGGGAGUAGGGUUCCAAAGAGGAAUGCAAAUUUCCCCGAAAAGUCGUGGGAUGCAGAGAAUCUCCCGAUUUGGACCGACGCACAAGUGCGCGAAAACCAGAAAACGGUGGAGGAGACAAUGGACCUGCAAUGGGGCAAGAUGAUGGGGACCAAUGGAGAGCCUGUCUUUAGCUCCCUCGUGUCGGUGGUGUACCCUUGGACGUUCACGCCGGACGUUAUGCAUCUGGGAACUAGCGCUCCGCGCAAAGAUGGCCCAGGCCGAGUUGAUGCUUCGCAGGUUGGAUCAUCGCAUGCCCAAUCCGAGGGCAUGAGCCAGUCACAAGUGGAGGUGCAGCAAGAGUCUCAAUUUGAUAGCCAGACAAACACACAGCAGGGUGGCUCUCAGAGCCAGACCCAGGAAGAGGACUACGUGGAGGAUGCGUUUAUCUUACCCAAAAGAAUGUGGGACAGGAUUGGGGAGGAAAUUGCGGGCUCAAGGGCGUCGAUACCAAGUGCGUUUGGCAAGGCAUUCCGGGAUAUCAAGUACCACGCAAGCUACAAGGCUACAGAGCUGAUGAACUUCAUGCAUCUGAUAUCCCCCAUUGUGCUCAACCAACGGCUGCCUGCCGAGUACUAUAGCCACUGCACCACUUUGUACUAG